GGGAAAUUCUUGGACCCCUGGCUGUUGCUGCCUUGUGAAUGUUGAUAAUUCGCUGCUUGUAUAGCGUAGCUUUCUACACUUUGGCCCUCCAAGACGCCUAUGCGAAGGGUUUGGGCUCGAUACCUUUCCUUGAGACAUGUGGCCUCGCAGCAUGCCGCGCCGGACGCCCGAGAUGGAUCGCGUGGCCCAAUUCCUGCAGGAAUGCGGCCUGUCUCAGUACACCGAGGUCAUGCGCCGGGCGGGCUUCGAUGAUAUGGAGACCUUGCAGGAGAUCGAGGACUCGCACCUCAAGGCCUUGGGCGUUUUGCCCGGCCACAUGAUCAAGAUCAAGAAGCGGCUGCGGGGCUACACAGGUCAAGGCCCCACCCCGACCCCUGCCCCUGCCACAGCCCGAGCGCCUGCACCAAGAGCCGCCACUUCUGCCUGUCCAAGCGCAGCCCGGUCUCGGCCACUGGGGCUGACUCGGACCAAGGGCUCGUCCAAGCCCACGUUGCCCAUUGCACAGGAGUGCAUGUGGCAAAAUUGGGCUAUGGACCGGGACCCAACAUGGCUUUGGGUUCUCGCUGUGCACCAACCAGAAUCGGAAAACGCAAGUGGUUUUCCUUGUCCCAAAACCAACCUGAGCUUCGGGCACCCUAAGAAAACCGGGACACAUCCAAAUCCGCGGAGGUGGCCCCCAAAGCGGGCACGCCGCCCGGGUGCAUGGCUGGGGACACCAUCGACGCGGUGCAGCGGAGCUGGCGCCUGGUGGAGCCAAAGGUAGGCCCAGUGGCGACCACCUUCUACCGGAACUUCUUCAGCCUGGCGCCCGAGAGCAAGGUGCUGUUCCCCAUGGCGGUGCGGAACCGCUGGAGGGAUUGGUCCUCCCUGGAGGAUGAGGUGGAAGACGACUUCGAGAACUCCUCAGCGCUGGUGGUGCUGUGGUCCAAGGUGGUCUACGCGGUGGGCGGCGCCGUGGCGGGGCUGAGGAACCCGGGGAAGCUGGUGCGGGAGCUCCACGCACUGGGCAUGCGCCAUGUGGCCUACGGCGCCACUGAGGAGCUCUACGCCAAAGCGGGCAAGGCCUUGCUCAUGGCGCUCGGCGCCCACCUGGGCCCGCACUUCACCCCGGAGGUGGAGAGCGCCUGGGUCAACGUCUACGACUUCAUCUCCUCCUCGGCGAUCUGUGGCCUGCAGAUCGCCCGGCAGCAGGAAGACGCCGUGAAGACUCUGCUGGAGUCCAUGCACGUGGCAGAUCCUUCCAAGACUCUGCUGGUUUCUCGCCCACGUGCGAUGGACGCAGACGCAGUCAAGGUGACUGCAUGCAUUCCAUCCAAGAUAAGUCAGGUCCCAUCGAGUAGCACGAUCUCCACCGUGCAACAAAGCUGGGCGAUCGUCAAGGAGCUGGGAACUGCUCAAAUUGGAGAGGCGAUGUACAAGCAUCUCUUCGUGAUCGAGCCCAGAGCCAAGGAGCUCUUUCCGCUGUCGGUGCGCAGGCGCUACUCGGAUCCUGGUGAGAAAGAAACGGACGACCUCCAGAUCUCAAGUGGCAUGCGGAACCUGUUCGGCACGGUGGUGGAGGCGGUGGGUCUGGCCGUGGCGGGCUUGAAAGAUGUGUCCACCUUGGUCUCGGAGCUCAACGCCCUGGGCAUGCGCCACAUCAACUACAACAUGAGGGAGGAGCUGUUCGCGAGUGGAGGUGAGGCUUUGCUUCUGACGCUGCGGGAUGGCUUGGGCGAAAAGCUCACGGAGGAGGUUAAGCUGGCCUGGGCGUCGAUCUACGAUUUCUUCUCCGCGUGCAUCAUCAGCGGGCUCCGGUUUGCGCAUGAAAAGCAGCUCCUGCUGAACCAGCUCCAGAAGCGCUCGAGCGAAUCCACCGAAUCCACCAGAUGCUCGGAGAGCAGCCCGGGAAAUUCUGCGAGUGCGCAGAGCCCGGAGGUGUGAGGCUCGGGCCGAGGCCAAAGCUGCCUCGGCCACCUUUCCUUCAAAGGGCAUGCGAUCGCCACUCGGUGCGCUUGUCUUGUGCCCGCCCUUCCCAGGUCUCAAAGUUAAUGUGAGACCAACGGUUUUCGGGGCACAGUUGUCCACAACCCAGUUGUCCAGUGUUCCCCUUUGUCCCCUUUGCCCCUUUUGUCCCUUUUGUCCUGUGUGCUCA